AUGGCUGCGGUGGCCCCUGAAGACCAAGCUGCAGGCUCUUUCUUUGCUUCGUUGAAAUAUUUGCGACGCGAUCCUAAAUAUGAGCGCGAAAAGCCAUUUUCCUGCCUGAUCGACCUAACUAAUGUGACGGGAGCCGAGCAGACCAACAUUGUCUCCGAUGCCUUUGACAAUAUCGUCAUAAGGGAUGGAAGGAAGCACGCACCCGAGUUUGAUCUGGACAAGACUGGCUUCGAACUGAUUGAUGUGGGAGACCACUAUCCAUCGAGCAAUUUUGAGGACACCGAGUGGCUCAAGAAAGUCUACUACCCGUUUAUUGAGGAUAUAGUCAUUCGGAGGUUGGGUGCUAAAGAGGCUCGGUUUGGAAGGCCUUUUACUAGGGGUGCGCUUCACUACGAUCCACCCAUCAACCAAGUACAUGUUGAUGCCACGCAGGCUGCUGGACUGGCACGAUUUGAGAAGGCUUGGCCGAAAUUUUCUCCAGAUCUGCUUAAGGAACGUCUGCGUAUCAUCAACAUCUGGCGGAUACUUGUGGAUGCCGUCAAAGAGUGGCCUCUUGCCCUCUGCGACUUCCGCUCCGUCGACUUGGAGAAAGACCUUCGAGCGGCGGACGUCAUCACCCGAAACUACAUUGGGGAAAGCUUUGCUGUACACUACAGUCCUGAACACCUGUGGUAUUCCAUUCUAGACCAAAGGUACAACGAAGGUUGGAUGAUAAAGAUCCUGGAUACGAAGCCUGGUGCUGCCCAUACCGUUGCCCAUACAGCGAUUGAUGUUGGAGGCAGCAAGCAAGCUAGAAAGAGCUGUGAGAUCAGGCUAAUGGUAAUCGGCUAA